AUGAAAUUAUUCGUAUGCUUAUUGGCACUUAGUGCCUUAACGGCAUCCGCCCAUGCGGGAUUACUUGGAAUAUUAGGCGGCAUUAAAGGAGGCGGCGGCUACAGCGGUGGUGGUGGCUACAGCGGUGGCGGUGGCUACAGCGGUGGCGGCGGCUAUAGUGGUGGCGGCGGCUACAGCGGUGGCGGUGGCUACAGUGGUGGCGGCGGCUACGGUGGUGGCGGCUACGGUGGUGGCGGCGGCGGUGUCCAAGUCGUCAAAGUCAUUUCAACCGGCGGCGGCGGUGGCGGCUACAGCGGAGGUGGUGGCUAUAGUGGAGGCGGCGGCGGCUACGGAGGUGGCGGCUAUGGUCAUGGAGGUGGCGGCUACGGAGGUGGCGGCUAUGGUCAUGGAGACGGCGGCUAUGGCGGUGGCAGCUAUGGAGGCGGCCACUCCGGUGGCGGUGUUCAAGUCAUCAAAGUCAUCUCAAGCGGAGGUUAUGGCGGCGGCGGUCAUGGUCAUGGUGGUGGUGGCUACGGAGACGGUGGCUACGGUCAUGGUGGUGGUGGCUACGGAGGUGGCGGCUAUGGUCAUGGCGGUGGUAGCUACGGAGGCGGCAGUUACGGCGGUGGACACUCUGGUGGCCAAGUUCAAGUCUACAAAGUCAUAACAUCAUCUGCGGGAGGCGGCAGCUAUGGCGGCGGUAGCUACGGCGGCGGUAGCUACGGUGGUGGCAGCUAUGGAAGCGGCGGCGGCGGAGGCGGCUGGGGCGGUAGCGGCGGCAGCGGAGGCUGGGGCGGUUGGGAUCGGAAGAAGUAA